AUGAAAUGGAGGCAAUUGGCAGUUUGGUAUGGAUUCAUCUUGACUCUUUGCAUCGUGUCAGCACAAAGAACAGACACCGGUCCAGAGUUUGGAUUUGCCCAAGCAUUGAAUAUCGGAGGCAAUAUUGAUCCUGAUCCAUUUGGGACUGAGUCCACUUUUAAUCCACUGCCAAUCCUUGACGAUCUAGUUAAUGUGCCACUAGAUUUCUUGGGAGGAACAACAAUGAGGCCUCCAGAUUUCUCCUUAGAAAGGAUAUUUGAGAACAUCACUCCACCAGAUGUUUCUGCCAAUGACGGUUUAUUUACUGGUAUAAAUUCUUUCAAUGAUAUUUUGUCACCAGAUGGAAUGGUCGACUUUCAACUUCCACCAGGAACAAAUGGAGAUGUCUUCCCUGUAAACAACUCAAACUCUAUUCCAGACACUAGUCAAACUAGUGGUGAACCCGUACUUCCAGAGCUCCCUGAUUUACAGUCAGUGAUGUCUAUGCAAUCUCCGCCUUCGUCUCAACAAAAUUCCCCGUCGCCUUCCACAAACCAACAAGAGAUUAAUCCUAAUUCUUUACCACAGAACUUUCCUCCUGGGCAGCUAUCAGUACCGAGUAGACCUAAUGCCCCUUCAUCUGUUAUAAAUGACUGGUUAUCAUUUACUUCAGACCAGACACAACGACCCCAAAUAAAUGAUCAACUAAUUAGAGGUGCUACUGAUUUACGGUCUACAUCAUUUACUGGUGAUCAAAAUUUAGGAGGUAACAUAGCAAUUAAUGACAAUCAGAUCUCUGGAAUCAAUAAUGUACAGAACGACAUGUGGUUAGAUAACUCGCUGUUUAACAAUCCAAAUCUAGGCGAUCCGUCCGAUGUUUUUGGAAAUAUGAACAUUCCAAUCGACUUUCCCAUUGAAAGAAAUUCUGCACAAAGUGGGAUAAGACAGCAACAGAGACCUUCUCUUCCUUUACCUGAAAUAAAUACAAAUCAGAAUCGUGCUCUUCAAUUGUCAGUUCCAGAAAACCAAAUUAACGGACCGUCUGUGAACAGACCAUUUUUGCCAUCGUUCAAUCCUCAAAGCAGGAUUCCAUCGGGAUUCGCGUCAGGUCCUAACUGGAGAGAACCCACUGAACCUACACCACCAGUAUUUCAGGUGGGUGGAGGACCACCAGCCCAACAGACUCAGAUUAAUCCUUCCCGAAGAAUCGACCCAUUAAAUGAACAAAUCCUCAUAAGAGAUGUCUUCCGAGAUUCUCCGUCGUCAGCACAAAAUAGCAGAAUCAGGUCUAGGAUUCUAGAAAGGGAAAAUGCUAUCAGCAGCCAAGCUCGAACACUGCUUUCAUCUCCAAUGCCCAUUACUCGUCCAUCUCGCGUCAAUAUACCAAGUCUUUCGCAGAUAUUUGCUGGCCGUCAACAAUCUCAAAUGCCACCAAGAGCUGGUUUAACGGCCUUUCAACAAUCUCUUGCUGCUCGAAGAUCACCAUCACUAAAUAUAUUUCAAGGAACUCCAACAAGGCCAACAGAUAUGCAGUUGAGACCAUUGCCAAGGAAUCCUUUUCUUUCAUCAGCAACAAGCAACCAGUUUAGACCCACUUUGCAACCUCUUCCCCGUGCAAACAAUCAAUGGAAUUCUGAUCGAACGGUUGCACGUGCAGUACCACUUAGAAACCAGGAAGCAGCACGCUUUAUAACCGAUCAGCGUAAUAUGAAUAGAAACAUGCAAGUUUGGACAAGGAUUGAAGGUAGAACACAGAACAUUGCUGGACAAACACCUUUUCCACGCGGUCAAUUAGGGCGUUCAAAUUUGGCCUUUAGACCUUCCAACCAGUUUCGUAUUAACCAAAGACUGCCCGAAUCACUUCUCAGAGGACUUCCUAUCCCUAGACAGAGACAAGUCUUACGUUCAACUCCAUCGACACCAAAUACUUCAUCAAUCAGUUCUCGGCAACUACCAUUCCGACUUCAAGGCGCUUCGCAAUCACCUUUCGAAAGAAAUCGCUUCCGAAAUUCUCCGAUCCAACCUUCAAUUACGCCAGGAUUACAAGCACGACAACAAGGGAGAGAAUUCCCGAUUGGUACCCAAAGAUCAAUACAAGGUGGGCCUCCUUUUGAUCCUCUUCUCUUCCUUUCUCUUCAAGACUCUUUUCAACCUCCUCUUGACUAUGAACUCUUUGAUAUCUACGAAGACAAUCCUCUACUCUUUCUUCAAGAUCUUAAUAUGCCUUUGACAAGCAAUUUAAUUAAUCCGUUAUUAGAAAUUUCAGGCGGACGACAGCGUGAAAAUCAGAGAAGACGACAGUUCCCUAGAGGACAAAUUCCGAAUCGAAUGGUUGUUGAUCUGCCGCUUAACCAGCAGACGACUAAUAAUCCAUUCGGAAUACGACAAGUGGCUCCACCUGUCUCCCCAUUAUUAAGGAACGAAAAUAUUCCCUUUCUGGGUUCAGGGUUCUUUAAUCCCAGAAUGAUGAUGCUGGCUGACAUAAGAGUGAAACCAUCUUCAAAGAAAAGAAUAAAACCUGUAUCGAAACAGAAUGCAACACAAAAUCUAUUAGAAAAAGUCAAUCUACAGGGUUUAAAGAAAGUAGAGUAUAUUAAUACACCCGUGGUGAAAGAAAAUAGGGUAUUUUGAUUUUUAUUGCCAAAUAGGUAAAAGUGUAAUCUUUGUUUAUGUAAAUGAGGCGUUCAAUUGUAUAUUUGUAUUUCUACUUUUUCCAUGAUUUCAAAGAAAGAAA